AGACCAAAGCACGAACCGAAAAGUUAGGCGCAGCGUCUGCCUUCGCACUCCGCACGGCCGACUCCGGUCCGUCUCCUCCUGAUUCAAGAGGGAUUGUCUCGACGACGGCCGGAUCACAGAGGGGAGGCAGAAUGAAUUGGAUCAGCCGAAAGAUCCAUCUCUACAACGUCACCAUGGGGCUCUACAUGCUCGAUUGGUGGGAGCGAUACCUGUUUAAUAUAUUGAUUCUUGUACUGCUCUGGUUUAUCUUCCACAAUGGCUCCAGAUCCGCCGCUGAGUUCUACAACGGGAACUUUAAUUCAUUAUUACUAUCUUCCAGCUACCUCAAGUCCAAGGUAUUGUCUGGCCAAAUGUUGGAAGUCAGAGGGAAUAUAACUUCUUAAAGGAUGUGGAAACUAGUGAAGGGGGCGAUGUACUGUAGGCUGCUAUGACUUUUUGUGAUAGUUAUCAUUUGCAUGUCAUUUGAUUCCUAAACAUCUGUCACUGCUGAAGGGAAAGAUGUUUGUUGCCAUUGUAAUUAUAUGUUACAGCAGAUAGAUGAUUCAUAUCACAGGUCUUUGUCUAUUAAUGUUCUCAUGAAAAUAAUUGCACUGGUUUUUAGGUGUUUAA